UAAUAACAAUAGUUAUAAUAAUAAUCGAAUUCAAAUUUAAAAAAUUAUUUUAAUACUUCGGAGUGACCGAUCUCUUGUAUUAUAAAAAUUAUGUGAUAUUCAAUAUACUCGUGGUAAUGUCUUGUAUUUCAAGUAGGGUUUUAGAAGGUCGUUUUAAUAAGUCUUCCAGGAAUGUCAUAUUCUGCAGACCGUGACCAAUGAUGUUGUCACUACAAUUACUGUAGAUUUAAGAGAAAGUGAUCAGUGUACUUAGAGCACUGUUCUCCUGAAGCAAUCAUGUCAUUUUUACGUGGAUCCACGAAUUAUGUUUGGUGUACUACAAGUGUACUUGGAAAAGGUGCUACUGGUGCUGUUUAUCAAGGAGUUAAUAAACACAAUGGAGAACCAGUCGCUGUCAAAACCUUUAAUCAACUAAGUCAUAUGCGACCUUUAGAUGUCCAAAUGCGUGAGUUUGAGGUAUUAGAAAAGGUCAAGCAUGAAAACAUAGUCAAGCUGUUAGCUAUUGAAGAAGAACAUGAAAGUCGUGGAAAGGUAAUUAAUUAUUUUGAUUCUUCAAUUAUGAUUUUUGAAUUAUCAAUGUAUUUACUAUUUUAGGUUAUUGUCAUGGAACUAUGUACAGGAGGUAGUUUAUUUACAAUACUGGACGAUCCAGAAAAUACUUAUGGAUUGCAGGAAGAUGAAUUCUUGUUAGUUUUAGAACAUCUUACAGCCGGUAUGAAACAUUUGCGUGACAACAAUUUGGUACAUAGAGAUCUAAAGCCUGGUAAUAUUAUGAAGUUUCUCAGCGAUGAUGGCCGGCCUAUAUACAAAUUAACUGAUUUUGGCGCUGCAAGAGAACUACACGAAGAUCAAGAGUUUAUGUCUUUAUAUGGGACCGAAGAAUACCUUCAUCCACAUAUGUACCUAUGGAAUUUAAUGUUUUUUAAAAUUGAAAUUUGCAUAACUUAAUUUUUUUCAGGUAUGAGAGAGCAGUUUUACGAAAACCAGUUGCUAAAACGUUUGGUGCUACUGUUGAUUUAUGGUCAAUUGGUGUGACAUUAUACCAUGUAGCUACUGGAAAUUUACCGUUUAGACCAUAUGGUGGACGACGUAACAAAGAAACUAUGCAUUAUAUAACUACUGAAAAGGCAUCAGGAGUUAUAUCUGGAGUACAAACAUCUGAAAAAGGUUCAAUAACGUGGAACAGAGAUUUACCAAAAAACUGUCAGUUAAGUGAUGGCUGUAAAAAACUUAUUACACCAAUUUUAGCUGGUCUUUUGGAAUUAGAAUCCCAACGAAUAUGGAGUUUUGAGAAAUUCUUCGCUGAGGUUACCAAAACAUUAGAUAGAAGACUAUUGCACAUUUUUCACACCAAUCGUGUUCAAAACAUACGUGUUUACUUACACCCUGAUGAAACAUACGAAAGACUUCAGAGCUUAAUACAAGAACAAACUGAAAUAUCUCCUACUAAUCAAAUACUUUUAUACAAAUCAACAUAUCUUUUAUCUGAAGUAGGAAUAGAUCUUCCUGGUAGGUCUUAUAAACCUACUGAAAUGCAUAAGCCUAUUUUAUUGUUUAGUAAAGAAAAUAAUAACGUCACCUUAGUAGCUGAUGGUGAAGUACCCAAUUUCCCGAAAUUUCCCGAUAUGUCAUUACCAAAAUUAACAUCUGUAGAUAGUGAUGCAGGACUUGCUAAAACUGCUUGCAGUGUUGGACAUGUUUGUAAAAAACGAAUAGAAAAAUUGUCUCAGAAUAGUCAAUUAAUUAAUAAAUGUGUACAAGUAUUUACAAAAAUUGUAACUGAAAAACUAAAAUCAGUAUUGAGUAAAAGUGAUCAUUUACAAAGUAUAUUUAAAUGUACAAAGUAUCUAGUUGAGAUUUCUGUACGAGGUCAUAAAAGUGUUAACAACAUGAUUGGUUUUAAAAAUAUAACUACUGAUAUGAAAGAUGAGUUAGACAAAUUAAAUGAUGAGCUAAAUAAUAGCCUAAGUUUAGCAAUACAACAGCUAUAUCAACGAUAUGUAAAAGAAAGAACUUUAACUAGAGAAUGGCAAUCAGCAACCAGAACAUUUAAGUGUCCAAAUAAAAACAGGGCACCUGCACGAAUUAAAACACUUGUUGAAAGACUACGAGAUUCAUGGCAGCAUUUAUUGAGAGAUCGUGCAACACGUAGUCUUACUUAUAACGAUGAACAAUUUCAUGUAUUAGAAAUAAUUAAGGUAAAGUAUUAUUAGUUUUAUUGUAAUCAAAUAAUAGUUAUUUUAUCUUUAAACUUGUAAACAAAUUAAAAAAAUUGUGUUUAAUAAUUAAAUAAUAAAUCUUUUAGUACAAUUUUUAAAUUUUCCUUCUUAAAUCUAACAAUUCAAUUUUACAUUCUAAGUUUUCAAAAUUAAAAAAUUAUAUAUGUAAUUUAGUUUCUUAAAAUAUCAAAAACUAAUAAAUAUUUUAUAAUAUAAUUUGUAUAGAUAACUGAAACUAGUCGUAGAGCUCGAACAUUACUAGAAACAGAUGUCCAGCCUGUAGUUACACAGUUAGCAGAUUGUAUGGCAGAUUGGUACAAAAUGGCACAAACUGUCUAUCUACAAGCACAAAUAUUGGACAAAGAUUUUGAUACAUUUGAGAAUCGUCUACUAGGAUUCAUCGAACGUACAAAUGAUAUUGAUGCAUCAUUUCAUGAUAGUCUUGUAAAUGUCGCCAAAGUGAAAUUUACAUCCAGUGGUGCUAAACAUGCCGGUCGUAUUAGUGCUCAAAAUAUUCAAGCAAUAAGAGCUAGUUUACGAAGUAUACAUGAUAUUGAUGAUCUUGUUUCCGGUAUUGAAGGUAAUAAUGAAAAGCUCAAACAUUUAACUGAGUCUAGUAAAUUAUGUGACUGACUUUUAUUGUUUUAAGUAUACAUUUUAUUGUAAAUUAACAAUUUGUACAAUGUUUAUAAUUUUAAAUAUUAAUGUGUAAAAAAAUUAUUUUUAUACCAAUCAAAUAAAUAAAAUCAUAAUUAUUAUCAUACUAUUACUAAUACUUAUAUUUUAAUAAUACAAAUUACAAAUGUAAACUAAUUUACAUUCCGCGCCUUACAGGUUUAGGGUGCACUUUGAGCUUCACUGGUUUACAUAAGUCAACAAUGCAUGGCUGUGUAGGAGGUAAAACAUGUGCUAAAGCUCCUUCUGUUUCAGUUAAGUCAAACGCUAAACUCAAUUCAACAAAACAUGGCUCUGACCACUCUGAACGGUGUGAUAUCAAUGCAUUAGUAUCAAGUAGAUAAUACGACUCUAAAAAUAAUGAUAAUACAAAUAAAACAAAAUCAUAUUAUUGACUUUUAAAAAUUCACUCACCACCACCAAGAUUUACUAGACGCAAGUGAUUUUUAGGAGGCAUAAUUAAAUGAGUUUGUUGAUCAGGAUAUUUAAUCUUUAGCCGUAAUAAAGAUGACGAAUCAAUUUGUAAACUGUAUAACUCUGCGUUUAAUGGAAUAGGAAGUAUCAAGCCUGCUGAUAAUUUAUGAGUAGUAUCUGGACCUCCUUGUGGUCGAUUUAUAUUAACUUUGCACAUUUUUAUCUAAAUUCAAAUAAUUAUUAGGUACACUAUAACACAAAUAAGUCAUUAGAAAAGUCAAUAAGUUCUCACAUUUGUAUUUGGUUUUGGCGGUGGAGUAGGUUCGGAACUCUGUAGUAUUGGUAAAAGUAGCUUUGCUACAAUUCCUGGUUUUGAUUCUUCUAAUUGAGAUAACUCUUUGAAGACAAUAGAUGUGAAUGUUUCUAUCUGCAAUUUGUUUUCAGUAAUAUACCUUAAAAAUAAUUAGGUAUAAUUAAAU